AUGGCUGACGUUCAAUCCAUCGGCCUUGGGGGCGGUUCGCACGUCAAGAUAUCGGACACGCCCAAGGGGUCGAGCGUAGCCGUCGGCCCUGAAUCCGUAGGACACAACUUGAUACGCGAUGCACGAGUUUUUGGCGGGAAUACGUUGACUACGACAGACAUUAUUGUUGCUAGUGGAGGUGCCGAGCUCGGUGUCAAGGAGAAGGUUGCUGAUGUGCCCGGUUCUGUAAUUGACAAGGCUGCCAAGGCGAUCAAGAAAGGGCUCGAGGGUAUUAUUGACAAGAUGAAGACAUCUCCAGAAGAUAUUACAGUACUUUUGGUUGGGGGUGGUAGCAUCAUCGCUCCGGACAAACUCUCCGGCGUCGGUGAAAUUCUCAGGCCGCCAUACUUCAGUGUCGCAAAUGCCGUUGGGGCGGCUAUGGCCAAGGUUGCUGGCGAGAUUGAUACCAUUGAACUACUCCAGAAUCGGGACAUUCACGACGUCAUCGACGCAAUCAAGAAGCAAGCGAUAGAGAAAGCCAUCAAAGCAGGCGCAGACCCGGCUACGACGAAGAUUGUAGAGGUAGUGAAUCUUCCCGUCCAGUAUGUUACGAACCAAGCCACUCGUAUUAUUGUAAAAGCCGCCGGCGACCUGGCACCGGAGGCUAUCGCAUCUGUGAUCUCCUUAGACGAGGUAACAGCCCCUCAAAAUGAAGAUUAUAGAGAGGGAGAGAAGGCAGUGCUAGAUGAACAGAGUGAAGAGCAGGCCAUCGACAUUGAGGCUUACAAGCCAACAAUCCGCCCGGACCGCUCAUGGAGUCUCACAGAGCUUGACCUUGAGUGGAUUGCAGAGGGAUGUGGAGUAUUAGGGACAGGUGGAGGAGGUCCCACCUAUCCACCGUUCCUUAUGGCCCGCCAACUUCUACGCGAUGGAAAGGAAAUCAUCGUCGUCGACCCAGAGGAUGUCGCUGAGGACGCUGUCUUCAUCCGCUGUAUGUUUAUGGGAGCGCCUAGUGUUUCUCUGGAGCGUCUUCAGGGUGGCAAUGAGAUCCCUUCGGCAAUCCGUGCACUCAUGAAAUACAUGGGCCUUCAGGACGUCGCGGGCACAAUAUCUGACGAGAUAGGUGGUGGAAACGGGCUGCAGCCAAUGAUUGUGGCCGCGGAGAUGGGUAAAACGGUCCUUGACGGUGAUCUCAUGGGUCGUGCCUAUCCGAACAUGUAUCAAUCUCUUCCUGGUGCUUUCAAUAUUCCUGGGGGCCUGUGGCCCUGUGCCAUAGCUGAUGGUGUCGGCAAUGCCGUGGUAUUGCCAACAGCAAGCAAUCCCAAAUCUGUCGAAACUAUCCUGCGAACUGUGACGACAGAGAUGGGGUCCAAGAGCGGCGUCAGUAUGGCACCUCUGACCCGUCUCACCUGCCAACAAUAUGGGAUCCCCAGGACAGUCUCGCAAGCUUGGCGCAUUGGACGUACUAUUGCAUUAUGCAGAAAAAAUAACGAUUUCAAAAGCAUUCCUGCAGCCAUUCUCAAGCUGCAAAAUGGCGCAUGUUUGUUCGUUGGGAAGAUCGUGGAUGUUCAGCGGGAGGUUCGAAAGGGCUUCACUUGGGGCUCUGUCACGAUUGUUCCUCUAUUGGAGGACGAGGAAGAAGAUGGAGGUUCCCCAGCAACAGCGAAUCAGCUUUAUGGCCCAGAAGACCGACUCGUGAUUCCGUUCCAGAAUGAGAAUCUAUACGCAUACAUUGAAAGUCCCAACGAUGGCGAUAGAAAGGUUCUGGUAACUGUUCCGGAUCUAAUCACUGUAUUAGAUUCGCAAAACGGUAGCGCGCUUGGGACUCCUGACUAUCGGUAUGGCUUACGGGUAACCGUAAUCGCUAUGGCGGGUGACCCGAAAUGGACAGAAACUACUGAAGGGCUGGCUACUGGUGGACCGGCCGCAUUCGGCUUACAUGAUCUUCCCUUCACGCCUAUUGCGAUCUACAAAGAACCUACCAGUGUGGUCGCAGAAUAUGCUUGA